GGACCUGCUGAUCCGCUCUGCUUGGCGAGAGCUCCCGCUCAACACUACAGCAGCUUCCCGCGCACUAACGUGACCACAACUCAACCGCCGAUUGGCACCAGAGUCCAGCUUUCUGCUGCCUGCCCAACAAACAUUCGGGAUCGCUGGUUUGGAGGUGACAACACCAACGGUCAACCAGUUCGAAGCAUCGCGACGCCCCUGACGCCGUGUCGGCGAGCAAACUCAAACCAGUCAAAGCAAACACGCCAGUCAGACAGGCUCCGUUUGAAACUCUGCAACAACACUGCCAGUCGACACCCGCCGCGCUCCCACACUCCUUCCCAUGUCCCACGCACCCUGGGAUUACAUCGCAAAGCUCGUAUGCAUAGGCGACUCGGGAUGCGGUAAAUCGUCACUCACCAUCCGUCUCUGCGAGGGGCGCUUCGUCACCCACCACGAUGUGACCAUCGGCGUGGAAUUCGGUUCGCGCAUCGUGCCCGUCGGGCCACCCUAUUCCACUACCGCCGCCAGCCCGGCCACCACCGCCGUCUCCGGCUCUUCCCUCCCGCCAGCCGCCUCCUCGCCACCAACGCCAACCACCAAAGAAGCAAGCGGGCUCCCCUUACCGCGCACAGUCCCCACCGGGGCCGCUGCCCAGCCCAACCAGCCUCAAAAGCACAUGAAGCUCUCCCUCUGGGACACGGCCGGCCAGGAGACCUACAAGUCCGUCACGAGGUCCUACUUCCGCGGCGCGUCCGGCGCGCUGCUCGUCUUCGACCUGACGCGCAAGUCCACCUUCCAGCACGCGACCGACUGGCUGAACGACCUGCGGCAGAUCGCCGAGCCGGACAUCGUCGUGGUGCUGGUGGGAAACAAGGCCGACCUGGCUUCGCCGAGCGCGGUGGACGACCCAGACGCAGAUGCAGGCACGGCAGGGAAAACAGGGGGAGGCGACGGCAGCGGGGCCAGGGCCGGGGGCGAAAACAGGAGGGAGGUGACGCGGCAGGAGGCGGAGGACUGGGCGCGUCGCAACGGGGUGCUCGAGUAUGUCGAGACGAGCGCCAAGAGCGGGGAGAACGUCGAGAUGGCGUUCAUGCGGGUGGCCGAGCGCAUCUUCCAGAACAUCCAGGCCGGCAAGUACGAUUUGAAUGACCGGCGCUCGGGGGUCAAGGGACCAAGCGCGGGCGGAGCGGCAACGGUUGGAAGAGCGGGUGAGACGGUGACAUUAAAGCCCCAUGUGGUGUACAAGAACUCCAUCCGGGAGGGGUGUUGUUGAGAGCAGUCUGUGACUGAUCAUGAAGAGUGGAUGUAUGUGGAUCAACAACGGGUAUUCUGACGUAUUUACUCG